UUUUUCUCAUGUAUCCAAGAACGUAACACACUCGAACAACAUCGUCCACCGUAAUCAAGGGCUCAAGGCUUCUCGCCCGUGAAAGUUGACGCUGUUACCUACAGAUCGAUUACGCUCACAAGCCACAUCGCACUCUUUCUCAGCGAUCGAACAAUGGCUCCUCCGGCUCAAUCUCAGCGAUCUCCUUCGCCUUCUCAACCCUCCGGUAAAGGGGAGGUCUCGGAUCUGAAGAUGCAGCUUCGACAGCUGGCUGGGAGUCGGGCACCUGGUACCGAUGACUCAAAACGAGAUCUCUUCAAGAAGGUGAUCUCAUACAUGACUGUCGGGAUUGAUGUAUCCUCAGUUUUCAGCGAGAUGGUGAUGUGCUCGGCUACUUCAGAUAUUGUUUUGAAGAAAAUGUGUUACCUGUAUGUUGGUAACUAUGCCAAGUAUAAUCCUGAUCUUGCCCUGCUUACGAUAAACUUUCUUCAAAGAGAUUGUAAGGAUGAAGACCCAAUGAUAAGAGGGUUGGCAUUGAGGAGUUUGUGUUCUCUUCGAGUGCCGAAUCUGGUGGAGUACUUGGUAGGGCCAUUAGGUGCUGGGUUGAAAGAUGGGAAUAGUUAUGUGAGGAUGGUUGCAGCUGUAGGGGUGCUCAAGUUGUAUCAUAUAUCUGCUUCUACUUGUUUGGAUGCUGAUUUCCCAGCUCUUCUUAAACAUUUAAUGCUUAAUGAUCCAGAUGCCCAGGUGGUUGCAAAUUGUUUAUCAGCUCUACAAGAGAUAUGGGGCUUGGAAGCAAGUACAUCAGAGGAAGCUGUAAGGGAGAGAGAGGCGUUGAUUAGCAAACCAAUUAUAUAUUUCCUAUUAAAUAGGAUCAAGGAAUUCAGUGAAUGGGCUCAGUGUACUAUUCUUGAAUUGGUUUCAAAGUAUGCACCACCUGAUAGCAAUGAAAUAUUCGAUAUCAUGAAUCUUUUAGAAGACAGACUUCAGCAUGCAAAUGGUGCAGUUGUUUUGGCAACCAUAAAGUUAUUUCUACAAUUGACGUUAUCUAUGACAGACGUUCAUCAACAGGUAUAUGAGCGUAUCAAAGCCCCUCUACUUACCCUUGUGAGCUCUGGGAGUCAGGAGCAAUCUUAUGCAGUACUUAGCCACUUACAUCUUUUGGUUAUGCGUGCACCGAUGUUGUUUGCUUCAGAUUACAAACACUUCUAUUGUCAAUACAAUGAACCUUUUUAUGUUAAGAAGUUGAAGCUUGAAAUGUUGACAGCAGUGGCAAAUGAGAGCAAUACUUAUGAAAUAGUGACUGAACUGUGCGAGUAUGCUGCAAAUGUUGAUAUUCCCAUUGCAAGGGAAUCUAUCAGAGCUGUUGGAAAAAUUGCACUUCAGCAAUAUGAUGUAAAUGCCAUUGUUGAUAGGCUGCUUCAGUUUCUGGAGAUGGAAAAGGACUAUGUGACUGCAGAAACACUGGUUCUUGUUAAAGAUCUGCUGCGAAAAUACCCACAAUGGAGUCAUGAUUGCAUUGCUGUUAUUGGGAACAUAAGCAGCAACAAUGUUCAGGAACCUAAAGCCAAGGCAGCUCUUAUUUGGAUGUUAGGGGAGUACGCUCAAGACAUGCAGGAUGCUCCUUAUGCUUUGGAAGGUCUUAUUGAGGAUUGGGAGGAUGAGACUUCUCCGGAGGUACGUUUGCAUCUUCUUACAGCAGUAAUGAAAUGCUUUUUCAGACGACCACCAGAGACUCAAAAAGCCUUGGGUGCUGCAUUAGCAGCCGGUCUCGCUGAUAUGCAUCAGGAUGUCCAUGAUAGGGCUUUAUUUUACUACAGGCUUUUGCAACAUAGCGUCUCAGUAGCAAAUAGUGUUGUAAAUCCUGUUAAGCAAGCUGUUUCAGUGUUUGCCGAUACUCAAAGCAGUGAGAUCAAAGAUCGUAUAUUUGACGAGUUUAACAGCCUAUCUGUCCUAUACCAGAAGCCUUCAUACAUGUUCACAGACAAGGAACAUCAAGGACCAUAUGCCUUCUCAGAAGAGCUUGGACAUUUGUCCAUUGGUGCUGAACCAGCAGCAGCAGCAGCAGCAGCAGAUGUAGACCACAUCCAAGCCAAUGACGGGGAUCUACUUUUGACUACCACUGAAAAAGAAGAAAGUAGGGCCCACGACAGUGACUACUCUUUAUCCCAAUUAUCUGUCCAACAACCUACCUCCACCAUUGAUGACAUAUUUGGGCUAGGAUUGUCCGUUGCUCCUGCUCCUCCUCCAUUGAAGCUAAACGCUAAACCUGUGCUUGAUCCAGCCACUUUCCAGCAGAAAUGGCGCCAACUUCCUGUUGCAGUAUCACAGGAAGGGUCUAUAAGUCCGCAAGGUGUGGCAGCAUUGACUAGUAGCCUUGAACCUCUUUUACGCCACAUGCAAGCUCAUCACAUCAAUUGUAUCGCUUCGGGUGGGAAAUCCCCAAAUUUCAAGUUCUUCUUUUUUGCACAAAAAGCAUCAGAUUCAUCAAACUUUCUAGUGGAGUGUAUAAUCAACUCCUCUACGUGUAAAGCACAAAUAAAGAUAAAAGCCGAUGAUCAAACUACAUCCCAACCCUUCUUCUCCUUGUUCCAAUCCGCCUUGUCAAACUUUGGUAUCAUCGCUUCCUAAUCCCCUUUUGUAUCUUGUUUUUUUUUUCUUCCAAGAAAGACAUGUUUAGAUUAUGGGAAAACUGUUGUGUUUGUGAUUUUUGGUUGUAUGUGUUGUGGAGUAAAUAAAAUGACAAGUGUCAUGUGAUGACUUCUUUCUUUA